AUUUAGGACUUCCGCGUUGUCAGAAAUCUGCAACACCGACAGACGAGUUUUUAAAACAAACACUUGUCAGCAGGAGCAUCCCUGCGCUGCCGGGCAGCAAAACAAAGGCAGGUCAGCGGUGUGAUGCCAGCUGAAGCCUCCCGGCUGAGCUGCUGACUCCCCCCUUCAUCACCAUCCUCAUCGUCACCAUGUCUCUGGGCGACAACCCUCACCUGCUGCUGGGCAGGAUCCGCUUCCUGAACAGGUGCAUCGAGAGUUUCCGGAGGAGCGAACCGGUGCCCGAGUGUCUGUGUUACGUCCCCAAAGAGGUGUGCUACAAAAUCUGCAAGGAUUCAUCGUCCACCUCCGGAGCCUCCUCUGGGGCCUCAGCAGGAGGCUCCACCGUCGGGAAAACUGUCGUCUCCGUCUUCGAAAGUCCUCAUCAGAUUCCCCACAGCAAGAAGUUAAGCAAGUACAACAUAGAACCAAAGAAAGGGACAUGCAUCCGGACCACAGGGGAGGAAUACUGCAACAGCCAGGGCCUGUGGGUCAAAAUGAACAAGGAGCAGCUGGAGGAGCACCGUCCGGGCCAGGAGCUGGAGGAAGGCUGGAUCCUGGUGUGUAAACACACAGAGGGAGGCGACCGACUGGUGCCCGUCGAGUCACCGGAGACUGUCAGCCGGCAGCAGCAGCUCUUCGGCUACGACCACAAACCCUGCAACAGGUGGGAGCAGGUGGUGGACGUGGAGAAUGCGCUUUACAUCGGGUCCAAACCCAAAAUCGCAGAGUGUGACGACAACGCCGUCCAGAAGCUGAGGUACGUUCCUCCUACCUGGACGUAUGAAUGUGACGAGGACCUGGUUCACUACUUCUACGACCACAUUGGGAAAGAGGACGAGAACCUGGGCAGCGUGAAGCAGUGUGUGACCAGCAUCGAUGUUUCUUCGUGUUCGGAGGAUCCCAGCGGAGGAGUGAGCUGUCUGACGGAUGGCGACACUGAAACUUACUGGGAGAGCGACGGCAUGCAGGGACAGCACUGGAUCCGCCUGCACAUGAAGAGAGGCACUGUGGUCAAUAAGCUGAUAUUAACUGUGGACUCAACCGACGACAACUACAUGCCCAAGAGAGUCACAGUGUUCGGAGGAGAAGGAGACAACCUGAAGAAGCUGAGCGACGUCACCAUAGACGAUAAUCUGAUUGGAGAAGUGUGUGUGCUGGAGGACAUGAACUCCCACCUGCCCAUCAUCGAGGUUCGGAUCGAGGAAUGUAGAGAUGAAGGGAUAGACGUCCGGAUCCGAGGCUUGAAGAUCAAGUCUUCAUGUGAAAGGGACUUGGGUCUGAACGCUGAUGUUUUCCAGUCCUCUAACCUGGUGCGUUACCCCCGUCUGCAGGGCACGCUGCCGGACAUCCUGUACCGCAGAGCGCUGGUCAUCCAGAGGUUCAUCUGUCUCCUGGACAGUGUGCUGCCUCACCUGGUGCCGGCCUGGGACUACAGCCUGGGUACCUUCAACCAGAUCAAAAGCAUAAAGCAGUUCCUGCUGCUGUCGAAGCGCCGCUCCGCCCUCAUCACUCAAUGCCUGAAGGACUCGGAGACCAGCAAGCCUAACUUCAUGCCUCGCCUCUACAUCAACAGACGUCUGGCCAUGGAGCACCGAGACAACCCGUCUCUGGAUCCCAACUGCAAGAACGCUGUGUUAAAUCAGGUGUAUGAAGGUCUGAAGCCAUCUGACAAGUUUGAGAAGACUUUGGAUUACAGAUGGCCCGCUCGCUACGACCAGUGGUGGGAAUGUAAGUUCAUUGCAGAGGGAAUCAUCGACCAAGGAGGGGGCUUCAGGGACAGUCUGGCCGACAUGUCAGAGGAGCUUUGUCCCAGUUCAGGCAAGUGUCCGAUGCCUCUGCCAUUCUUCACCCGGACGUCCGAUCAGGGAUCUUUAGGGGCCAGAGAUUAUUACGUCCCCAACCCGUCCUGUAAAGAGUUUCACAAGUACGAGUGGAUCGGUCAACUGAUGGGAGCUGCUCUCAGAGGGAAAGACUUCUUGGUCUUGGCUCUGCCCGGGCUGGUGUGGAAGCAGCUGACUGGGGAAUCCAUCAGCUGGAGUAAAGACUUCCCUGCUGUGGACUCCAUGCUGGUAAACCAACUGGACUCGAUGGAGAACAUGGACCGGGAGACGUUUGAGUUCAUGUUCGGGGAGGAGCUGGAGUACACCACCCUGCUGAGCGACGGCCAGAUGGUGGAGCUCAUCCCCGGCGGCAGUAAUGUGCCGGUUCGCUACGAGGACCGCAGCGAGUUCAGCCGCCUGGUGCAGAAGGCUCGGCUAGAGGAGAGCAAACAGCAGAUUGCAGCCAUGCAGGCGGGGCUGCUGAAGGUGGUUCCUCAGGCGGUGCUGGACCUGCUCACCUGGCAGGAAGUGGAGAAGAAAGUGUGCGGAGACCCGGAGAUCACUGUGGAAGCCCUGAAACGACUCACCCGGUAUGAAGACCUGGAACAAAGUGACGUUAGAGUGCAGUACUUAUGGGAGGCGCUGACGAACUUCACCAAUGAGGAUCGCAGCAGGUUUCUGAGGUUUGUAACUGGUAGAAGUCGUCUUCCUGCUCCCAUCUACGUCUUCCCUGACAAGCAAGGCUCUGAAACAACUGAUGCACUUCCACAGUCCUCCACAUGUUCUAGCACCCUUUAUCUACCCAACUAUCCAAGUGCGAAGGUUUGCGAGGAGAAGCUGCGUUACGCUGCGUAUAACUGUGUGGCCAUCGACACCGACAUGAGUCCGUGGGAGGAGUGAUCCUCCUGCUGCUCCACUGACUGCUGCACACUCCACAAAUCACCGUCGAACGGAGGAAUCUCGCCAAGUUUAUCACCUUGUCUUCACAUCUGCCAAAUAACCAAUAGCUGUAUAUAAUAAAGAACUAUAUGGAACCAUGAA